GAAGACGAUGCUGAACGACCUGCUGCGCUUCGACGUGAAGGACUGCUCCUGGUGCAGGGCUUUUACCACGGGGACCCCGCCAGCACCGCGGUAUCACCACUCAGCUGUGGUCUACGGGAGCAGCAUGUUUGUGUUUGGUGGUUAUACCGGAGACAUUUAUUCCAAUUCCAACCUGAAGAACAAAAAUGAUCUCUUUGAGUAUAAGUUUGCAACUGGACAGUGGACGGAGUGGAAGACUGAAGGAAGGUUGCCGGUCGCGAGGUCAGCUCACGGCGCGACGGUGUACUGCGACAAGCUGUGGAUCUUCGCAGGCUAUGACGGCAACGCACGGUUAAAUGACAUGUGGACAAUUGGCCUGCAGGACAGAGAGCUGACGUGCUGGGAAGAGAUUGAACAGAGCGGUGAGAUCCCUCCUUCGUGCUGCAAUUUCCCUGUGGCUGUGUGCAAAGACAAGAUGUUUGUUUUCUCUGGCCAGAGCGGAGCGAAGAUUACCAAUAAUCUCUUUCAGUUUGAAUUCAAGGAGAAGAUCUGGACACGAAUUCCCACCGAGCACUUGCUUCGCGGCUCCCCUCCUCCUCCGCAGCGAAGGUACGGCCACACCAUGGUUGCGUUCGACCGACACCUCUACGUGUUCGGCGGUGCCGCGGACAACACGCUGCCCAACGAGCUCCACUGCUACGACGUGGACUCCCAGACCUGGGAAGUCGUCCAGCCCAGCCCAGACAGCGAGGUGUCCCGUCCAGAGGUCCCUGAGGGAGUUUCUGCCCCAGAAGAAGUUCCCUCCCUGCCCUCGGAAGAACGUGGUUUAAAAACAUCUCGGGACGUGUUUGGUUUAGAUUUCAGCAUGACAGCAGUUAAACAAGCACCCACAGCAGGCUCAGAGAUGAUGGCUCGAAUCGUGCCGGCAGUGGGGAAAGGGGUGCUGGAAGGGAAGCAAAGACACGUGGCUGAGGAGCAGGAGGAGAUAGAAACUGGGACCCUGCUGGCCGUGGUGAGACAGCUCACACCACCAGAAAGACGGGCUGGGG